UUGACAGCCAAUAAACUUUCCCCACUUUCAAUGGCAUAGUAGCGCUAUCGUAGGAAAAGAACAAAAAUAUAGCGACAGUAUGACAGAAAGAGCAAGAGAUACUCAAAUAUAUGACACGUACGCACGAACUGUAUAUGUAUACGUUACAAGACAUAUGUGUGUGCAAUUAUAAAAUGCAAUAAAAGCAGCACUAGGUCUUGGUGUUGGUGGACUUGGUUCUUGGUCUCCAAUCCCCAACAAUUCUCCGCAACAAUUUAACCUCCUCAGCUGUUCCUUAAAUUUAAUUUACGCAACAGUGAUUUAUCCAAGAAGUAAAAAACAACAUAAAGAAGAAUAAAAUGUAUUGGCCACAGUGUUAUCGUGUUUAUAAAAUUAGGUGCUAAAUUUAAAUGUAGUAAAUUUAAAUAUAAAUAAUCAGAGGUCACUUUUGUUAUCUCGUUUACGUCGUAUUAAUCAAGUGGUUAUUCCGUCGUCGUCUUGGCCAGUUUAUAAAUUUAUCUAAUUAAAAUAAACUCAAUAUGUGCUUGAGCACCUACAAAAUCAGCUCAAUAUAUUUAAAUAUAUCAUAUAUAUCUACCUGAUUAUUGUUAUUAUUAUUAUAAUUAUUAUUAGUGCACUGUCAUAAGUGAUUGCGUACAAAGAUGAUUGUAACAAACAAUUCAAUUGUUAGUUUAAUUAUUUCAAUUGUCCUGAUAAUAACAACCAGGACCUGCAAUGGAGCAUCGACAGACAUUGAGCUCGAUGCCAAAGCACAAUUUCUUCAUCGACUUGACAGUCUAAAUCUACUGUUCUAUACAUUUUUAUUAACACUCACUGUCCUAACUAUUUGGACAUUUAAACAUCGCAGAUUAAGAUUCCUUCAUGAAACUGGUCUAGCUGUAAUCUAUGGUUUAAUUGUUGGAGCAAUUAUUCGGUAUGGAUUGAGAACAACGGAUGGAAAGAACACAAUUAAUCAUAUGCCAGUUGUGCCAGAUGUCGAACACAGCAAGUACAAUCAAUCAGUACCACCAGAUUCUCUGUGGCUUCAUUUUCCUGAAGACAAAGGAGGUGGUAAUAUUAAAAAUAAAACAUUUUCGUACUCUUUUCGCGGUGAAAUAUACAAAGAAGAAGAAGAGAUUUAUUAUAUGGCUACAUUUGAUCCGGAGAUUUUUUUCAAUAUUAUAUUACCUCCGAUAAUAUUUCAUGCUGGCUACAGUUUGAAGAGAAGAUAUUUUUUCCGUAAUUUAGGUGCCAUUUUGAUGUUUGCUCUCAUAGGCACAACAAUAUCAUCAUUUGUUAUUGGACUUUUAAUGUAUGGAUUUUUCCAACUAGUACCAAAUUUAUCCGAGUCAUUUGUAUUUCUCGAUACACUUUAUUUCGGAGCAUUGAUAUCGCCGACAGAUCCAUUGACAAUAAUAUCAAUAUUCAACGAUUUACAUGUCGAUGUUAAUUUAUACGCGUUAGUUUUUGGUGAGAGUGUUUUAAAUGACGCGGUUGCUAUCGUACUCAGUGGAUCAAUUCAAAACUACGGAGCAAGAUAUCAAACAGGAACUGGUGGUUUUGAAACCCUAGCAUUCUUCCAAGCGCUCAGUGACUUUAUACGUAUAUUCGGUUUAUCAUUAUUGAUUGGCGCAACAAUGGGCUGUAUCACUGCGCUUCUAACAAAAUUCACGCGGGUACGUGAUUUUCCGCUGCUGGAAUCAGCGCUAUUUGUUUUGAUGUCUUACAGCACAUUUUUAAUCGCCGAAGCUGCCGAUCUGACCGGUAUCGUAGCGGUGCUGUUCUGCGGCAUAUGCCAGGCUCACUAUACCUACAACAAUCUGAGCACCGAGUCGCGGCAGCGUACAAAGCAGCUUUUUGAACUGCUAACUUUCCUCGCCGAGAACUUUAUAUUCAGCUACAUCGGGGUGUCCAUGUUCACUUUCCCCAAACAUCGCUUUGACCCGGGUUUCAUUUUCGUCGGGUUCACUUGCGCACUGAUAGGCCGCGCGGCAAACGUCUACCCGCUGGCGUUUAUUUUGAAUUUGGCGCGUAAGCCAAAGAUUUCAAUGAACUUUCAGCACAUGCUGUUCUGCUCUGGUCUGAGAGGUGCCAUGAGUUUUGCUCUGGCAAUCAGGAACACGGUGUCUGAUGCACGACAAUCAAUGCUGACUACUACCAGUCUUAUUGUCAUACUUACUGUCAUAUUUCAAGGCGGUAUGACCACACAGUUUCUCAGUUGGUUCAAAAUUCCAAUUGGAGUAGAUGAGGAAAUUGAAGGACUUACUUCAUCAGCGUCUGCAACUCAUGGUCAAGUAAGACACUCUAGUGGCGUCGACAGUGCAUGUGGAUUCGGUUGCAGUGGGAAUCUGCAGCUACACCGAGACCAAAGUCCUCCGUACAAUUCGAUGCAGGAUAAUUGCUCGCAGGGUGACGCCGGUAGUACAGGAGGCAGUGGUCCCAACUUGGCACACAAAUCAUCUUCCUCGUGGUCGCCGCCAAAUGAGAAAGCUUUUCUCGCGAGAAUUUGGGGUGACUUUGACACACGUUACAUGAAGCCGCUUCUUACACACUCGCGGCCGACUUUACUUGAAACUUUGCCGGUCUGCUGUACACCACUUGCAAGAAUUCUUACAACAGCGCAACAAUUAUCUCAGGAGGAUUUGAAUGGCGAAAGAAGAACCGAUUCAGAUUCCGAUUUAUGUUUAGCGCAUUCACAGCACCGGGAUCAGGUAGGAGGGGGGGCAGGUGAUUGGAAUACCGGAAGUCUCGAACCGGUAAGUUUUCACCAGUCAAAUUUAAAUUACACUGUUAAUCCGUGCUAUCAACCAAAUAACAACUCCGAAAUUCCUAACUCAACAACAACAACAACAACUGACGAACCUUAUGUUAUUCUUAACUUGCACAGAAGAUAGAUAUACCAUUGUUAUUGUUGCUAUUUAUUUUUAUUACUAUUAUAAAUCAACUAAUUUUCAAUAGUAUUUAUUUAUUUAUAGUAAAUAUGAAUUCACCGUGACCAUAUAGACAGUUCUGUGUUAUGAUAAUUUUGUGUAUGCGUGUGAGAAAAAAUCAUUGUAAAUUAAUUUGAAUAUUAAUACCGAUAUUUCUUUAUUAUAAUAAUCAAGAUCUCUGGUGUAAGUUCUUGUGUCGGGUAAGAGUCCCGAUUGUUGACACUAAAGUUUGUUGAGUAUUGAGUUUUUUUAAACAUUUACUUAGUCGAUGCUUCUGAAUUAAUCGAUCGUAUUUAUUGUUGAUAAAUAAAAUUUUUAAAUAGUUAUACAAAUCUACUACUUGAAAAAUUAUGAAAAUAUUUCAUAAUUUUUUAUUGUACAUAUGAAAGAAAAAUUAAUGAAAUACGAAUUUUGAAUUUAAAUUUUCAAAUUUUCGCGCCAUAUUAAUUCUAAUAAUAAAUAAUUUAAAUAAAAUGAGUUCAUAUUUAGUGUCCUGUCAAUAAUUGGGUCUUUUAUCUCAUAUACAAGAUAAAAAAUAUUUUGCAGAAUGUUUAAAAAAAAAAUGAAUUGUAUUUACACGCGUACACUUGUAUUAAUUACUUAGUAAUUAAGUAUUUAUUGCCAUUGGUGCGUCUGAGUAAAUAUAAACUCCGCAGGUUAAGAAAAGUAUGUGGCAGUUUUACCUCAGUUAUUUAUUUAGAUGAAUAUAUAAAACAAUUAUAAAUUAUAAUUAAUUAUUUAAUGACUACGAUGUAAUGACAGCGGUUGAAAGUACUUUCUGCGAUGAGUAUUAAUAAAAAUUAUUGUUUUUUUGACGACAAUAAUAUUAAUAUAUAUAUAUAUAUUUAUUAUAAAAACGAAUAGUGUAAAAAAAUGUGAAUUUAAUAUAUUAAUAUAAUAUAAUAUAUAAAAAAAAAACUGCUGUAUGUCCAUGUGCGCAUAGAUAAACUUUAUUUACUGUGUGUGUGCGUGCUUAUAAAAUAUAUAAAUAACAAAAACAAAUAAAAAUAUACAAAUUCUAUCAAUGAUGCCAAUGAUAAUUAAAAUAUUUUUAAUUGUUUAUGAUAUUUUAUUAUUUAUAUUAAAAAAAAACUUAAAAAUUUGUUAUUUAAAUUUCACUUGUACUGAAAAUAUUUAAAAUUUUAAUGCAACAAUUUCAUGGUAAUUAAUUAUCUAUCUAGUAUAUAUUAUUUCUCAUACUAUUAGUAUUUUAAAAAAUUAACAAUUACUAAUUACUAAUAAAUAAUAAUAAAAAUAAUUAUUAAAUAUUGCAUGUACUCACAAUUUUUGGUGUAUGGUAAAAUUUUAUUGAUUAAAUUUUUAUUAAAUUACUAAUUAACUCUAAUAAAUUAGUUAAUACCUAAAAUUUUAAUUUUAAAAAAUAUAUUUAUAUAUAUUAUUAUUAUAAAUUUGUUAUUUAUUCCCAUUUAUUUUGUUUUUUUGUUGUCUUUU